AUGACCCGAAUGCCACAGCUGGCAGUUUUAAAAUGUCUGAUCAAACGCCUGCUGCGCAAGCCUACUCGAAUCCAAGAUUGGUGCCUACAAUGUCAACCAACGUUGAGAAAGGUUAGUUGGUUUAUGCUUACUAGACUGCGUGCAGUCAGCCUUUUCUCUUAAAAUGAGACUGCUCACAGUCUAAUGCUUACUAUUCAGCAUUGUCCGUUACCCACAUUUUGACAGAGGGGGCCAUGUAAAAACGCAUGGGAAGAACCGUUUUAAGAACCUGGGUCGAGUUCCUGAACAUUAAAGCUUUGAAAUGUUCAAUGGAUUGAACUCAGCUUAGAGGUGUGUGCAGGGCAAAGGGCUGAUUUCAUGUCUUAUUAUUUACGCCAGAUAAGUAAUCUUGAAAGUCUAGUACUAUGAGCUCAUAAGCAGGUUUUGGGAUGUUGCAGGUAUUGAAAAUUCAUAAACGACUUUGAAUGAGUCUACCUGGUAUUUCAAGUAGAUUGUAGCCUGAUGUUUCAGUUGACUAGACUUUUAACUCGAAUGAACAGGUGCUGAAGAUCUAACCUGUAACAUGCAAAAAGUACAUUAUUGACAGCUGCCUCUGCCUAAGCUUAUGAUGUUCAAGCUUACUUGCUCAACAUUUCAGUGAUCAUUAACUGAGCUUAAAUCUAGAAUAGUUUUCAUUCUUUCUGAUUUUCACUGUUCUUUUAGCUUUCUAAGAGAGAUCUAGAAUUGAUUGACCACAAUUACCCAUCUUGACCUAUAAUUAACCGUAUGAAGUAGUAUGAAAUGGCUUUUUUUAUGCAAGCCACACCUCCAGCUGCACUUUCAAUGUGAAAUUACAAGUUUAUUUGUUUGUUAAACCUAGAGAUUAAAUUUGACAAGCAAUAAAUAUGAACAUUAUAUAAACAAUCAUUUUUGUGUUUCGUGAUUAUUUCCGCUUGAGACGUAGGUUAGUCAUUUUAGAGAUAGUAUCUGUCAGAAAUUCUUAUUAUUGGUCAAUCUGUUACGCUCGGUUUUCCUUUAGCAAAGUAUAAUAGCCAUUGUCUUAUUUACUCGCCAGUUUUUUUCACAUCAAUCCAGCCUAUGUAAGUUCUUUCCUUUUUUACCUUAUAAAAAGUAAUUUCAACUUUGCUGGUUAUGCUGCCCUAUCUCGGCUAAGACCACUUAUCGGUCCAGGCAGCGGAACACUGGGCAUCAUUAAAUCUCUGUAAAUUGACGCAAACGGGGUAUCGUAAAAUCGCUGUAAAUUGACGCAAACGGGGUACCGUAAAAUCUCUGUAAAUUGACGCAAACGGGGUACCGUAAAAUCGCUGUAAAUUGACGCAAACGGGGUACCGUAAAAUCGCUGUAAAUUGACGCAAACGGGGUAUCGUAAAAUCUCUGUAAAUUGACGCAAACGGGGUAUCGUAAAAUCGCUGUAAAUUGACGCAAACGGGGUACCGUAAAAUCGCUGUAAAUUGACGCAAACGGGGUACCGUAAAAUCGCUGUAAAUUGACGCAAACUGGGUAUCGUAAAAUCGCUGUAAAUUGACGCAAACGGGGUAUCGUAAAAUCGCUGUAAAUUGACGCAAACGGGGUAUCGUAAAAUCGCUGUAAAUUGACGCAAACGGGGUAUCGUAAAAUCGCUGUAAAUUGACGCAAACGGGGUAUCGUAAACACAGGACGAAACGUGUUUCCGUAUUUUGUAAACUUGACGGAAACGUGAAGUUGCUUAAAUCCAUCUCAUUUCCACCCUGCAGAAACAUGGUGAUCUAGUUUUCCAUGGCUGGGACGCAUUUCCGUUAUGUUUCCGAGUCGGAAACGAACAAUCAUGUUUGUGCAACAUUUCUGUUAUCACAUUUCCGUUCUUUCUUGUUUCCAUUACGUUUCAGGUGACCUUUUUUUUAAACCCAUGUCCAAUAUCGCAUGAUAAAUGUUUCAGAAUUUUGCCUUUGCAUACAAUCAAGGUAAAUAAAGGUAAAUUUACUCUCGAGGUCAGGCUAUUAAAUGGUCAGGCUCAUGCAUUAAAUACUCGCAAGCGUUGCAUUGAUGCAACGACUGUAGAGUGUGCGAGGUUGCCACUGUUUUCGAUUCUUAGUGAUUAAAUUGGCAGAGAAUACCAACAGCUGUCGAUAGUUGCCAGAUUGAUCUCAAUCGGUACUGCCAUAAAAAUAAAAUGAUCUUAGGCUGAGAAAACAAGAGAGAAUGGGGAGAAUGGGGCCUAGAAUAGAGCGGAGUGCUGGUCAGCGGACGUUUUUUUUGCUUGUGGUCAUUCUUUUUGGCGUCCAUUUUGAAAGUGAUUGCAACACCUUCGAAUUUGCCAGCUUCUGUAGGUUCUAGGAGCAUGGAGUCUAUAUUUUUGCUUUCCGAUUGCACCACAAGACAUCUAAGGGUUGUUAUGUAUAUUUGCCGACCCAUCGGCCUUCAGUAAUCGAUCGCUUCCCUCGUAAAGCGACCCUUUUCUGACACAGUUGAGCAGAAUAAGAGACAAAAACCUCGUGAUGGCCAAGAAUAAUUUGAAAGUUGGAGUGUUUGAUUGUGCCAAGGAUAUCCAAGACUGAAUAUUGUAACAGAGAAUACAGAUAGCAAGACGAGGUAAGCUGCCCUGAUACCAAAUCUAAGGUUCUUUAACCACUGAUCAAUAACUACUAGUACUUAGCAACUUGAAAGAGCAGUGUGACGAAAUUUGUCAAAACUACAGCAGUGGAAACCACCACCAAUCUCAGUGAAACAUAAAAAGACUGCUCAAAACAUGAAAAGAAGCUUUAAGUAACAAAGCAAAAAGCAAGAGUGAGUACAAAUAGAGAUUUUUGUUAGUGUAAAAAUGAGGAACAGAUGGACAGACCUAGAGAAAAUUGAAAAGGAUGGCAAUUGGUCCUUUUGAUGCUUUUUAGCCUGACAGUUUUCCAGAUUUCAUUUUUGUGGUCUUCAAUGUUUGAUAUAAUGCUUGGGAGACAUAUUUGUCGACACAAAGCUGGAUGAUAAGUAAUUUCUCAAGUUUCAUGGUAAAUGCGAUAUGGUCAUGUGUACACAGACAUGACAUUUUUAUAUGAAGUUACUGCACAUAUUUUCCCUUCUAUUAAUUAUUAUUUAAGUGGAAAGGUGCUGGAGCUCUAAAAAGAUGGGAUAGCACCAGUGAGGAAGAUGCAAAAAUUAAUAUGGAAGUGGCUGAUGAGAUUGUGGACAAUCCUGUUUUAACCAAGUGGUAUGGAACAUUUCCCAUUGGAGAACACGGUGUGUUCACUAUUAACAGAACAAAAGCCAAAAUGCUGCUGGGGAGGAAACUAUCACAGCAAAGAAAACCUUCCGCCUACAAGAGAAAGGUAAACAUCUUCUACUCAGCUGCAUCGAGGCAUAAUACGAAGCAUUUUUUGAUGAUCCCUAGUUUAAUAUCUCUUGGUUACACUGUAGGCUGAUUUGAAGGCAGUUCCUUCAUUAAGAGAUAUACUGGUUAGAGCCAAACUGUAGUUAAUCUCUUUAACACUACGUGUAGAUAAAUAAUUACAUUCAUGCGACACGCUUGUGGGAUCUGUGAAUGGCCUGUCACUAUUUAUUUACCAUGUUGAUAUUUUUGGACAAAGCCCCUUACUGCUUCGUGGGGAACUUUCUUUACAACCAGACUACCACAACACCUACUACAAUAUUCGAGCCUAUACAAGCUCCUUCAGGGAAAUACCAGUCAGCUCAUGUAGGAACGUACUAACACUUCUCAAUCAGAGAAUGGAAUAUUGGCAUGGCCAUAAAAUAGAACAACAAACAUGUAAAGAAACGCAACCUACACCAGGAACAAAGCAUCAGAGACUUUAUUGGCCCAUUAGAGAACGCUAUUUUUGAUCCAACACUCUGUUGGACACUGGUAUAGAACUGUGAACAUGCCUGAACAAACACCACUCAGUUACUCCAAAUAGCAGCAACUGACGAGUUCCGCUAUAGGAAUGAAACCGGUCUUGCUUAAGAAUCUCAGGGAAAAAACACCAAGUAAGAGAGAGAACUAUGGUAAAUAAAUAGUGACAGGCCAUUCACAGAUCCCGCAAGCGUGUAACCUGAAUGUAAUUACUUAUCUACACGUAGUGUUAAAGAGAUUAACUACAGCUUGGCUCUAACCAGUAUAUCUCUUAAUGAAAUCGUGCACAAAAUUGACCAUUCGGAGGCCUUUGUCAUUUGACUUUAUAACAACUGCUGCAUUGGUAAAUUUCUUCAUGGAUUUACCGAAAUUUUUUACCUGCUCAAAAGCAUCCAUAGGCACAAAUGGGGGCGAAACAGAAAAGUCCUCUGAAAAUUGAGUGUUUUCAUCUGGUGCGAAAGUGUCUAAAAUAGAACUACACGAGCUUGCUUGUUGGUCGAUCAGCUCAGUCUGGACUGUCUCAAUAUUAAGGCUAUUUAGCUUUUCAACCUUUGCUUUCGUGUAGCUUCUAACAGGAUCAGGGUCGUAAACUUUCUCUCUAUAGUAAGGAAUCGCGCUGAAUGCCUUAACCCUGCCCCAGAAAAGAAAGAAAUCUCAAAUUAAAAGCAGAAAAAAAAGAUUUUACCCAAAACGAAAUUCUUUUGACUAGCGUGGAAGGUUAUAUAACAGUGUUUAUGUAACGCAGGUGCAGGAUCUUACACUAUAAAAUUUGAACUAUGAUAUAGCUUCUAUAUAGCGGAACAAGAUACGGCUCGGUACAGUUUAUGAGGGUGCAAAUGGGGUUAACAGUUACUGAUAAUUAGCCAAAAAAUAGUAGUUCACUGAUAUUCGGCCAAAAAAAUAGUAGUUAAGGUGAUUCGACCCAGUUAUUUUUUCAGGGUACCAUCAUACUUUGAAGCUCUCUGGUAUCCCCACCUUUACUUUGAUCGUAAGUCUAACAUAUAGCAUGGAUAACAUAUAGAUCAAUCUAAAAUAUAGCAUAAAAUUUUUUGGCGAUCGGAGUAAAUGUCAGGUGGUUAUAGAUAUUUGAUGACGUUUGUCAGCGUUUAAGAGUUCUUCUCACGAAAAACGCAUUUUCUUAAAAAUUCGUAGCUUUUUUUCCUUCAAAUUUUUUCAGGGCCACAAUUGAUUAACUAACUACCCGGAUUCUGAAUUUUAUGGUCAUUAAAAAACUGUGACAUUAUCUUCUAUAAGCCCAACCUUGAGUAAACAUUGAAGAUUUUUAGCGUUUUGCCUGAGUUUGUGUUUUGGGAGUUUUCCAGUGUUUCUAGUCUGUCAUGAUACAGCAUUCUUGUUCAGCACGCAUGCAAUCACCGCGCUUGCUGACUUGCGAAUGCUCACUGGGAUAUGAUAAUUUUGGUACGGUGAAAACAGAAGGGAUUCCUGUGAUGUAACGUCUAGACAUGAACACCCUCAGCGCUUUGUAUACUGCAGGUGGUACAAGGGCUUUGCUAACAAUUUUAGCAUUACCUCUAAGCAAGACAAGCAAGAAAGAUUCUAGAGCGAAACCAAGAGUCACAAUAAACUGACGGUGCUUAUAAGUGUAGUUAAUUUUUCCACUACCAGAUAAAAAGAUAAGUAAUGAAUUGGUUUAAUUAAUGGCUUUCAUUAAACCUACGUAAAAAUGAUAUUUUUUUAAUAGCAAGAAGAUUUAGUGUGUAGCAUUUCUUGAUUUUUUUGCAAAGGCACAACAAGCACGAAAAUUGAUAAAAAAUCGUGAGUUUAACCUCUAUAUAUCAUGAGAAAUCCUCGUUAGAGCAAAACUAUAAGGUCAAGUAUCACACUAUCACGAGCUUAUGAGUCAUGUUUGGCCUGUCAACACCUUCCACCUAUAACUAUUGAUAUUUUUAGACAGCACUCUGUCAUAACUUGUGGGAAGAAACCUCAUCAACAGAAAUGUACUCGGGUGAUUUUGAGAAGUAUACGAGAAAAUACUCCUAAUCUAUGGGGAAGGUUUCUCUCAAACUCUCUCAGACACUAGGAAACGCUAGGGACUUUGAAUGUUAACAUCAUAUUAUCCACUCCCCUCAGGGCUUUUCAGGGAUAAUUAACAACACUGGUUGGGGGACUUUGCCAGACUGCUUAAGGUGCAGUUUACAAGCAAUGAAGGAAUGAGUAGCGAUGCCCCCAUACAUGAGUGUGAAAGUGAGAUAGACCACUACACCGGGCACUACGUGCCCUACUCUUUACGAAGAGUGUGUGGGUUCUUUAACGUCCCACUGAUUUUUUAUUACAUGUGCAAGGGCUUGUGAGACGGGGCCUAUGGUUUAUCGUCCUUAUGCGAGAAGACUAGAAAGUCAAACCGUUUGGAGAUGUUAUUACAAAGGCAGCACUUUCUCCUCAGUUAUUUAAAGACCCUGAAUGUUGGUCUGGCCAGGGUUUGAACCUACGGCCUCCCGCUCAGCAGACCCUUUGCAUCACUACUAUCCAGUGAGAUACUAUCACUCCCGUUCCCCAAAAACUAGCUUUUUUGACCUUAAAGAUGACACAAAACAAUGCGGAUCAAAGCUACAAUUACGCUGUUGGUUACUUUUCCACCAGCCAAUGGCAAGCCAGCAUUUUCGACCCUAGCCACCAGUAUUUGUAAAGCCAUUUUCACUCUACACACCCAAGACUUUACCAUAGCAGCAACUGACGAGGAAUGCUGUAGUUCCGAAACUGCAGUCUUGCUUAAGAAACCACUUGUUAGAACCUUACUAUGAGUGAAAACUUAGAGAAAAACCUGCAAGAGAUGUUUGACGGUAAACGUCUCAGUAGACGAUGAACAAUUGAACUCCAUAGCAGAGGAUGACUCUCUGUUAGAGUCAAACGGCGAUAAAGUGAGCGGCCAACGUAGUCCACCACCAGAGCGUCAUAACCAAAAGCGAAGACAUGACAACCAGAACACACGCAGCCGCCAGCAACAAAGCAGAGCAAGCGGAGCCAGCAAAGGAUAACAGCCUGCCAACGAAACCACAUUCCAAGCAAGGAGGAGUUCCCAAAAGAAACCCUUUUAGACAACGUCCACGCCGCACCGCCUCGGAUUGUGAUGACAUCUCUCGCAUGAAAGACAAAAUAGAGAGCUCCGAACAAUCAGUCAUUAAACUGAAAAGACAAAUGGAAAACAGCACUUGGCCGCCAGACUUGAAUUACGAUGCAAAAGCGAACAUUUUUCCACACGAGGACUUUAAUUCUGACAUUAAAGCCAUCCAAAAGGAGGCUGAGCAGAAAUUUCUAGGAGCGCUCAUUAAGUUUCACAACUGUCGCAUCGACCGCAACCAGGCACAAUUGCGAAAAGCCAAAUCUUGUAAUAAGAAUACAUCAGUUAAAGGACGCAAAAGUCAAUCUGAAUCAUGCAACAUUCCAGAAAGUUUAAAAGCAAUAACAGCUAACCUAGAGAAACGUCUUGAAGAAGUAAAUGCAACGUUGUACGACCUUAAAGAGGCAAACAAUAAAACAGUUGAAACUUACACUCAUGUGGUCUCUGAGUCAGGGUCUAGUAAUAAGGACUACGGCAUUAGAAAGCGCAAAUCUAAGAACAAAAAACACCCAGAAAGACAAAAGAAAACCCACAAAGAUAUUAGAGCUAUGAAAACAGAAUCCACAAUCUGGGAACCACCAGUUCAGCAGUCUGUUACCCUAGAGAGCUAUCUAGAAAAAAUUAAAAUACAACUUGCGCACACACAGAUAACCAAAGCUAUACCCAACCUAUCGCUAAAUGAGAGAAAAGCUAUCCCAGAGCUAAAAACAACUCUGAAAAUAACGUCAAGAAAGCGGAUAAAGGUACUACCACAGUCAUAAUGAACAAACUAGAUAAAACACAAGAGGGGCAGACCCUAUUAGACUGUGGAAAUAACUACACAAACCUCCAAGACCCCAUGGCAGGGGCUACUUUCCAAAAAGUGAAACAAAUAGUCGAAGAACUACAUUAGGGAAGUUUUAUUGACGAAAUGACAGUUAAAUGGUUAUCACAGACACCUAACCCACCCAGAAUACCUGUCUUCUACACUCUCACAGAGAUUCAUAAGCCAACCCCUGUUGGCUGUCCUAUAGUGGCAGAAAACGAUGGACCCACCGAAUGAAUAUCAUCAUUCGUUGAUAGCCUACUUCAGCCUAUAGCUAAGUCACAAAAGUCCUAUCUUAAGGACACAAUUAGCUUUGUUCACUUCAUAGAAAGGAGAAACCUCCCAGAGGACGUUUUCCUGGUCUCUUUAGACGUUGCUAGCCUGUACAUAAAUUUCCCACAGGAAGAGGGAAUAAACACAGUAUGCAAAGCAUACCAGAGUUUCUACGGGGAAAACACCCCUAUCCCCACCCAAUCCCUCAGAAGAAUCCUUAAACUACUUCUUAAAGAGAACUCAUUUGAAUUCAAUGGCAAAACUAUCUCCAAACACACGGAACCUUAA